AUGCCUAUCCUAUAAGGAUAUAAUGUAAUGGUACUGUGCCCAGUGAGUGAAAGAGUGGUACUAUCAUAAAUUUUGGGUGAUGUUGACAUAUUAUUAAGGCAUCAAACCGUCUGUAAAUUAGGUUAUGUUAGCUGUGUUUAAUGAUUUAUUUCAAUAAUCUUUAAGCCUUCUUGUAUUGAAGAUAAUCAGUUGAUGUGGUCACAAUUCUAAUGGCAGCACACGUUUCUGAAAAUGAUGAACUUAAGGAUAUAAUUAAACUUAUGUGGGGUACUAAUGUGAAAGAAGAUGUUUUCCAAAGAUGGACUCAGGGAUUUCAUUUCAGCGCAGAUGAACCAACUGCCCUUGUACAAUGGGAGGGAGGACCUUGCGCUGUGUUGGCUCCAGUCCAAGCUUUUAUCAUCAAAUCCCUAGUGUCAGAAUCAUGGACAAGCAACUGGAAAGAGGUGGAGACGGAGAGGGUGAACAGGUUGCUUAUCCGAGCUGCCUGUGAGAUUCUCUGUCAGGCUUAUGGAGGUCAGAAGUACCGUCUGGUUCACAUGAACGACCAAGAACAAACACCCAACACAGAGACGAAACAGAACACUGAGUCUAGCUCAACAGAGCCAAAACUGGACCACACCUACUUUCACUCCCAGCUUAGAGUGCACAGUGUUGACAGCUCAGAUGAAGUGGAAGCGUUUUAUCUGGAGAGGAUACAGAUGCUGCGAGAAACAUUUGGAGUCUUACUGUUUCUUUACUCUGUUAUGUAUACAAAGGGACUGGAACAGCUGAACACGGAGGUGACGGACAUUGGAGAGCCGAUGAUAGACGGAGAGUACGGCUACGGCAGUCAGUGUCUCAUCAACCUGAUGAUCACAGGCCGCGCCGUAGCCCAUGUCUGGAACCACGACCAGGAUGUCGGCGGCCUCAAGUUGCGAGGCAUAGACAAGCAGAGCACUGUAGGAUUUCUGGCGCUUUUAGAACAUCUGAGGUAUUGCGAGGUCGGGUCUUUCCUCAAGAACCCCAUGAACCCUGUGUGGGUCCUUGGCAGCGAGACUCACCUCACGGUGCUCUUCUCCUUCGAGAAACAGCUGGUCAGCGCAGAAACGCCUACGGAGGUGGCGCGACGGGUGUUCAAAAGUUUUGACCCUGAGGGUAACAACUUCAUCUCUUCAGACCUUCUACAAGAUGUCCUCAGCAUGUUGAACUUAGUCUCUGACCCAGAAUAUGUAGAAAUCAUGAAGAAGAGGCUGGACCCAGACAAUUUAGGUAUCAUACUUCUCAGUGCUUUCAUGGACGAGUUCUUCCCUGAAGAGUCUAUUUCAGUGCCUGACACGUUCACUCUUUUUCAUUACAACGGGCUCCCUCGCUCUUGUCCGAGUAACAAGGUAGUCUAUCAAGAAGGCAGCGCUGUGUUGCUAGAAUGCAACAUGAAGUGUGUCCUGGACAGCAACCCGAUGUUGACUUGCCUACAGACCAAGUGGCCGAGCAUCGAAGUCCGGUGGUUGUCAGGGGCCACUCCCUCUCUCAACUAGUAUUGGUAGCUCUACACCACACACAGACACAUAUUGUAUUUAUUUCCUUCAAAAUCCCGGUUUCCAUUGUCCACCCACUACUAGUAUUAUUUAAUUUUGUAAAUUAUACAUUGCGUUGACCAGUCGAUGUAUGUUGUUAGACUCAAAAGGUUGAUGUUUCAGGAGGGUGUUACUGUAUAUUUGUAGAAAUGUUUAUUGUUGGGUCGAUAUAAAGAUGGCACUGCAUGUUCGUUUCAUGCGUAAUUUCUUAAUUUUGUAGUAAUUUUAAUUAAAUAGAAACCUAUAUAUUGAUUUGUUUAUGCGUUGAAUGUGUAAUGUAUUUGACAAAUACCAAAGAUAAAAUUAUUUUACCUUAUUUAUGUCGUAACUUUAUAUUUAGUGUUACACCCCCAGUUAAUUGUUUGAUUUAAAAUAUUACACCAAAACAAUUAGGUCUUUUAACAAUUAGUUUAAUGGUGCAUAAACAUUUAAGGCCAACGUUCGCUUUAAUGAAACUCUUAGACCUUUUCAACUGAAUUAAGCUACAAUUUUAUUUGACUCGAGAUCAUUUUUGCUUGGUUGAAUUUUACCUUCUAUGAAAAAGCUCAACCAAGUGUGCAUAUUUGGCACUAUACAUACAAAUGUACCCUUGUUGCAGCAAACCUGCGAAUAGCAAUUGUGCUUAUUCUGAUAAAGUUUCUAGCUAGAGACUUUUUAUUUAUCAAUACAGUACUACUGUACUGAAUAAGAUUGGUGGUUAGCUAAACUAGUGGUAGCUCACAGGACGGCCUAACCUGAAGUAAUGUGUAACGGUUCCGGGCAAGAGGCUAUGUCCUACGUCCUAUCAUCGAAGGUGAGACAUAUAAAUGCUCCCGCCUCAGAAAACCUCCAGACAAAGCAAACUUGUUUGAGUACUUAGGUUUGCUGCCACAGGGAACGUAAUAAAGUGUGUUUUUUAUUGAAAUGUAAAUAGCUUAGAAUGAAAUAAAUAAACUUGCCAAAUUUCAUCAAAAUACACCCCAAACUGCAUCAGUUAAUUUAAUCUCCAUAAAAAUAACAUAGGAAUUAUAACAUUUACAGUGUUUAUUAUUUUAUUCGUAACAAUUAGAUGUACAACAAUGCUUUGGUGUACAUGGUUACUUGUUUUUCUAUUUGCUCUACAUAAUAGAUUGGAAAUAAAUUGCAAAAUUUUAUGUUUUGGGGGUAAAAAAAUGGGAGAAACCAAAUUUUUCUGGGAGAAUCCAACAUAGUCCAACAAUGCCGGUUCACAAACUUGUAAGUUUAACUGUAGGUUUAAUUAUAUUUACCCAAUUGAAUAAAAAAAUUAUGGCUUUAAUUUUAGUUAUCAUGCUAACAAACACACACAAAUAAUAUAUGAAUUUGAACAGAUGGUGUCUUUGGCUUCAGGAAACAUCUAAACUAAAAAUUUAAAUCAGUUCCGGGUCUAGGUUUUUUUAUGAGACCUACAGUACUAGCUUAUUAUUUAUAUGUGAAAUUCGCUAAAAACUAUUAUUGAGCAGGCAUGUAUGUCUCCCUAGUUUUCUUAUUUUUUGGUGUGUAUAUCAAACCCCCCAAGAUAUAGUUAUAACUGUUUUAGUAACUAUUCAUGUUAUUAUUUUAAAUUUGAAAACAUAAGCAAUGGUUAUGUUACCAUUUAAGUUGUAAUUAAUUAUUACGUACAGGAAUUAGGGGCAAAAUGUCAUGGUUGAACAACUAAUUAAAUAUUGUUAGUUCAAAACAUUUUAAAAUCUUUUUAAUUUUGAAACCGAAUAACAAUUGUCUUUGAAAUAUUCAGAACAUUAUAAUUUAAUAACAAUGUUAUCACAAGGGCAUUGCUUGUUUUUGACUGUUAGUUGUCUAAAAAAUGGUAAUGUAUGUUGAUCACGGUUAAUCUGUUAAAAUAUAAAAGCUUGAGAUUUUUAUGUUUUAUUGUUGUCACAGUAAAAAAAAUUACAAUUUAUUUAUUUUGAAUAUUUAGGUCUUAAUAGUGAGAUUAAAAAUACUUUUUAAGUAACCCUUACUUUUAGAUCCUAGCAGCAUACAUUUUAAUGUAAAAAAAGGAACGUUUAAUACCUAAACUAGGAAGUGUUAUUUAUGUAUAUAUUGAAAUACGAUUUUUCUCAAUGAAAUACAGUUUUGAAAUUAG